AACUGCACGUGUACGACAGUUACAAAUAAAUCAUUCAUCAUUGUUCGGCUUGUUUCGUGAGGACUAUUGAACAGGAACUAUUGUAACAAUGGUCUUUUUCACGUGCAAUCAUUGUGGAGAAUCACUGAAGAAGCAGGCGGUCGAAAAACACGGUUGGCGCUGCAAGCAGAACGCUAUCAACGUUUCUUGUAUGGACUGCCAAAAGGACUUUAUCGGUAAGGAAUAUGACGCCCACACCAGCUGCAUUAGCGAAUUGGAAAAGUACUCCGGUAAAGAUUACGUUCCGAAGGCAAACGCAAACAAGGGAGCCAAAAAGCAAGAGGCCUGGAUAAAUACCAUCCGCUCUAUAACGAACCGCAAAAAAGAUCUUUCCCGAGGCGUGAGUGAAGUAUUCAAUGUAAUUCGUAACAAUGACAAUAUUCCCCGCAAACAAAAAGGGUUUUUGAAUUUUUUUCAAAACUCGGCCAAGCACAUAAAAUUACACGAUGUUCAGGCGGCUUGGAGCUUACUCGAGGAGGAAGUAAAAACUAGUAAUGCUAAUAAUAAUGGACCUCAGCAAAAUUUAAAUGGAACCGAUCCAAGUAAAGCAAACGGGGAAACAAAUGUACCUGCAGUGAACGGUGUCAACAAACGGAAGCUUGAAGAUAGUAACAACGGCGACAUUGUCACGGAGCAGCCAGCACCGAAAAAAAAGAAAAAGCAGCGAGAUCUUCCUUCGAAUGAUCAAGCUGCUUUGUUGGAUGCUAGUGCUGCGGAAGGCAAAACAUUGGAACACGAGGGAGCAGCAGAAAAAUUCAAAUGGCGAGAUGCAAUCCGGACCACCUUAGAUGCUAAGGGCAAUGAAAUGAAACUUAGUAAAUUAAGGAAAAAGGUAUUGAAAAAGUACCAUCAAUUCGUCGGUAGUAGUGUCGAUGCUGGCGAUAAGAUCGAGCGAAAAUUUAGUAAAACGAUUACUAAACUUGGACUGGUGGUGGAUAACGAAACUGUACGACUGAUCAAUUGAAAAUUAAACGUAAAGUUUA